GCGCCGAGUGCGCCUGCGCAGAGCGUCCGCCCGGGAGCGUUCUGUUUGGGUGUUGCUUCAGCUCGGGCGGGCGGGGUGCAUCUCUCUCACCCGCAAAACGCGCCCCGCGGGAGCCGGCAGUUUCCACGUACAGCCUGUGAGGUGCUGCCCGCUGAGAUCAUGUCCAAGUCCCUGAAAAAGUUGGUAGAGGAGAGCCGGGAGAAGAACCAGCCGGAAGUGGACAUGAGUGACCGCGGCAUCUCCAACAUGCUGGACGUCCACGGCCUGUUCUCCUUAUCCCACAUCACACAACUGGUCCUCAGCCACAACAAGCUAACAACGGUGCCUGCAAACAUAGCAGAGCUGAAGAAUUUGGAAGUGCUUAACUUUUUUAAUAACCAGAUUGAGGAGCUGCCCACACAGAUCAGCAGCCUUCAGAAACUGAAGCACCUGAACCUCGGCAUGAAUAGACUAAACACUUUGCCUCGAGGAUUUGGCUCUCUCCCAGCUCUUGAGGUCCUUGAUUUGACUUACAACAACCUGAAUGAAAAUUCCCUUCCUGGAAACUUCUUCUACCUGACCACCCUGCGUGCACUCUAUCUAAGUGACAACGAUUUUGAAAUCCUGCCGCCAGAUAUUGGGAAGCUCACAAAGUUGCAGAUACUCAGCCUUAGGGAUAACGACCUGAUCUCGCUGCCUAAGGAAAUCGGGGAGCUUACUCAGCUUAAGGAGCUCCACAUUCAGGGGAACCGCCUGACCGUUCUACCCCCAGAACUAGGAAACUUGGAUCUGACUGGUCAGAAGCAGGUAUUCAAAGCAGAGAACAAUCCUUGGGUUACCCCAAUUGCUGACCAGUUCCAGCUUGGAGUGUCCCACGUUUUUGAAUAUAUCCGCUCAGAGACGUAUAAGUAUCUCUACGGCAGACACAUGCAGGCAAAUCCAGAACCACCGAAGAAAAAUAAUGACAAAUCGAAAAAGAUCAGCCGGAAACCCCUGACAGCCAAGAAUAAGUAAGGGGUUUGCAUGACCUGGACUUCUGGUCUCUUUUUUCAUUAUUGCUUCUGUUCUCUCUUGCUCUGUCCCACAAACAAAUACAGUUAACCCCUGAACAACA